UCUCGCUGUGUUGACGUGUGUUAGCUGUUAGCUUUAGCUGUUAGCUAACUGCAGACUGGACCAGGACAUGUCAGCUAACAUCGCAAGAAAUUACAAAAUACAAGGGUUACAGGCUGCAAAUUACUUUAUAUUCCUCCAUGAGUAGAGAUAAUGAAGAAAAGGACAGUCACCGAUAAACCCUGGAGUUCUCCUGCCAGCACCCGGCCUCAUUCAAGACAGGAGACUGAAAAGACUGGAUCCCCCAGUGAGGAUGUCCAGCACACAGGAGAUUGUGUUUGGAAGGAAUCUGGGAACAUAACACCAAGGGUUGAAAAAGGCGCCGUAUCAGCGGCUGAAGAAGAAGAGCUGGAAAUGAAAGACUGGAGGAACACACAGUCGUCGGGUCCAGGAGAACCAGGAGGGAGGGCUCAUACUCCUCCGCUUGUUGAACCUCUCCAUACACAUGAGGUGAAGGAGGAGGAAGGGCAGAGAGAGGAAGAUGACGCUCAGGAUGAAGAUCUCGCCGCUCCCUUGGGCCUGAAAUUAAAGUUCCUCAGAGCUGUGGUGGACAGAGAGUUGCCGCUCGCCCAUAAGCUGUGUCAGCUCAUUCUAAUCUAUGAACCAGACCAUCCUGAGGCCUCUGAGUUUCUCUCGCUCAUCCAGAAGAAGCUGCUGGAGGAGCAAGAGGAAGAGGAGAGCAAGGAGGAAGAUGAGGAAGAAGAUGACCUUAGCGAUGAUGAUGAAGACUCCUCUUCUUCCUCAUCUGAUGAUGAUGAUGAUGAUGAUGACUAUUAAGAAGACACAUAAGUGAACAGACACAUGUCAUCUCCCCUUAAAUCGAUUGGACUAAUCUCUCUUGACUUUACUGUAAGCAUCUUUUGAAAAAACAUAUUCUACAUUUUAA